AGUUUACGUCGUGACGUGAGUGGACGGGGUCUGACGUUAGUGAGCGGGAAGUUGCAGAAAGUACUCAAAUAAAAUGGCAAUGCAUUUUCAAAUUGCUUGAAAUUCAUGAUGGAUUACCCAUGCAAAAACAUCUGCUGUGUAGUUUAGAGUUGAAACAUAUAUCAUGGGAUUGCAUCCUGCCCGAAUUUUGCGUCAGAGGAGCCUCACUCCUCCCUCAGUCCUUCUCAGGCGAAGUAAAGUCCGACAGGAGGAUGAAGUUGAUACCCUUACCUGGGCUUUUGGUAGCUGGACUGAGCGAGGCAGGCUUUGCAACUGGCAGGAGUGGAAGUAUGGUGGAACACUGAAGGAACUGGAGACAGAAACAAACAGCAAGGAUGCUGUCGUCCCAACAACUUACGAUGUUAUGUCAGUGGUGGCGCAUGUCAUAAUUGGCAUGCUGCUAUUAAUCCUGGCUUUGUCUAUGUCAUGCUUUACACUCAUGUCAGCGACAGUUUUCUUAUCAACCUUGACGCCAAAAUUUUACGUGGCUCUAACUGGAACGUCAUCCCUUAUAUCAGGUCUGAUUUUGAUAUUUGAGUGGUGGUACUUUCGUAAAUAUGGAACCUCAUUUAUUGAGCAAGUAUCCCUAAAUCACCUAAGUCCGUGGAUUGGGGGAGGUGAAAACAAUGUUACAGAAAACUCAAACAGUAAUUCCAAUAACAAUAAUAACCAGCAAAGUGUUCCAGAAUGCAAAGUAUGGAGAAAUCCACUCAAUCUGUUUCGGGGAUCCGAAUAUCAGCGGUUAACGUGGUCAACAAAAAAGGAGCCACUCACGUAUUAUGAUAUGAAUUUAUCGGCACAAGAUCACCAGACUUUCUUCACCUGUGAGGCAGAUGCGGGAAAACCUGAAUAUGAAAUAAUGCAGACGGCUUGGAGAGAAAGGAAUCCAGAAGUUCGUAUCAAGUCGGCAAGAUCAGCUCUUGACCUAAAUCCAGAAUGUGCAUCUGCAUACAUUUUACUAGCAGAAGAAGAAUGCACUUCAAUAAUUGAAGUUGAAAAUAUGUUGAAAACAGCUCUGAAACAUGCUGAAACAAAUUACAGAAAAUCUAAAGUUACGCAACAUCAGAAUAGUAUCAUGGAAGCAUUACACAGACGAGAUACAAAUGUAUUUAUUUACAUAAAGAGAAGGUUGGCUAUGUGUGCACGCAAGCUAGGCAAAAUGAAAGAAGCUGUUAAAAUGUUUCGUGAUUUAACUAAAGAAGUUCCACCUAUCAUGAAUGUUUUAAAUCUUCAUGAGAAUCUCCUUGAAGUGUUAUUGGAAGUAGGCGCGUAUGCUGAUGCGCAAGCCGUCCUUGCAAAGUAUGACGACAUAGCGCUUCCAAAAUCUGCAACUAUAUGUUAUACAGCAGCGUUAUUGAAAGCGAGAGCUGUAGCAGAUAAAUUCUCACCUGAUAUAGCAAGUAAACGUGGUCUAACAGCUGCAGAAAUGGCUGCUGUGGAAGCAAUACAUCGAGCAGUUGAGUUUAAUCCACAUGUUCCAAAGUAUCUUUUGGAGAUGAAACCUCUUAUCCUUCCGCCAGAACACAUUCUCAAGAGAGGUGAUUCAGAAGCCAUCGCAUAUGCAUUUUUUCAUUUACCCCACUGGAAAAGGGUUGAAGGUGCUCUGAAUCUUUUACAUUGUACCUGGGAAGGAACAUUCCGAAUCAUUCCAUAUCCUUUGGAGAAAGGCCACCUAUUUUAUCCAUACCCUACAUGUACUGAAUGUGCAGACAGAGAGCUGUUACCAUCUUUCCACGAGGUUUCAGUAUACCCCAAGAAAGAGUUGCCAUUCUUCAUUGUUUUUACAGCAGGGCUGUGUUCUUUUACUGCAUUAUUAGCACUUCUCACUCACCAGUAUCCAGAACCAAUGGGUGCUUUAGCCAAGACACUCUUGAGUUGGUGGUAUGUACCAAUACAAUACAUCUUGGAGAAACUAGAAGCCGUUUUACCUUCAAAUCUUCUUCAUCAUCUAUCCAGGAUUUGACCACAUCACCGAGCUGUAUUCUUUGCUGGGAACAAAGCCUCUCUUCAAGACUUCACAAUGUCCACUUCUUAGUUUGCGUGUUUUCUUUCUUUAUGUAUAUUGAAUAGACUAAAGUAUAAACUUGGGCUCAGGAUACUUAUCUUGUCACGUUGGUGUUGUGAUCUAGGUUACAGAGCCAUUAUGAGUACUUAAAAACUAUAAUGGGUAUUUUAAAAAGUACAUGGUAGUUGCACCUGAAUAAAAUUUCAAAGUAAGGUUUUUAAAGCCCAGUAUUUGUGGAGGUGUAAAAAUGGUAUGGAAUUACUUACAGUGCAUCUUGAAAUUAUGAUUUUCCCUCUUUAUGAUACCUACUUGAAAUUUAAAAUAUGUAUAUAAUUUUUUUAACAAAUCUAAGAACACUGUUCAAGUGAAGUACAAAUACUACAGUUUACUUUUGCUAUGAUAUCAGGUUUAAGGUGUUGGAACAAUAGCUGAAUUGAUGCAAAGUGGAUGAAACAGUAUUUGUGUAGUGUGCAUGUUAUUUGGAAAUGAUAUUAAGAAGAAUAGGUUUCUUAAUGUUCAUAUUUGCCCAUCUUUCAAAACACGAUAUUGUCAAGUUAACUUGGAACUUGUUCAUGGUCUGAGUCAAAGAGGAAUACCCUCUUAACAAGUUAUCCUGGAGAAUUUUAGUCACGAAAGGAAUGAUUUAUAUGGUUAGAGGUUACAGGCAUUUUGUAUUCAGUAAACUUAGAUGCAUGGAUGUUUCAUGAAGCUAUUGCCCAGUCAGACAGAUGACCAGUCAAAAACCAGUUACAGACACUGGAACCAUGAUGAACUGUAAGCGCCUCAGUGGCGUUGUUGGUUUGGUGUUUGCUUCUCACCUUGGUGGUCGCUGGUUCGAUUCUCGGCCAUUCCAUUGAGGAGUGAGAGAUGUGUAUUUCUGGUGAUAAAAAUUAACUCUCGACGUGGUUCGGAAGUCACGUAAAGCCGUUGGUCCUGUUGCUGAAUAACCACUGGUUCCAUGCAAUGUAAAAACACCAUACAAAAAAACAAACAUGAUGAGCUGUAUAUGUCUCAUAUAUAUAAGCAAUCUACAUACUUUUGAAAACCGCUGAAAGCAGCUUUUUUGGUUGGGAGAUGUAGACUUGAUAGAUAAAACCUUACCACUCACCACUGAUAAUGUUUUUGAACCAGCUAAAGCUGAAUUAUACCAGAUGUGGUUUUUCAUCCUGUGCUGAGUAGAGGUAUGAGUAAUAUUCAGUUUUAAUCAGUGUUCCCGUUUUAUCAAUGAACAAAACUUUCUUAGUAUGUAAUGCAAGACUUUUCCAGACAACAGGAGAUAAAGAACAUUACUGGGCAGGUGUACAUAGCUUUAAUGCACAGUGAAUUGAGACAAAUGUUCAGCAGUUUUUGAUAACAGCUAGGACAGACCUUAAUUCUCCCUUAACUGCAGGGGUUUAAAAAGGCAUAAGAACUGGUCAAGCAGUGAGGAGAUUUGUUAGGAUAUGGACAACAAACCAGGAAAGAAAGCCACAUCAUAGUUAAGUACAUCCAGUUGGAGAGAAUCCUCAGUUCUGCUGAGUUUUAUAUUAUGAGAUUAUCUUGAAGAAGAUGGGUAAUAUCAAGAACUAGAAAAUAUUUGUCAGGCCAGUGACCAACCAGAUUUGAGUCAGUAUUCUCUGUGGCAGGCAAGAUGGAGAAAUUAGUUCACAGUAGCAACCUGCUGUCAACCUUUCAUGACAGUUAAUGGUGUAGAGAACUGCAUAUGCUUAAACUAUUCUUUUUUAGAUAAAGAAAAAUAAUUUAAGACAUGAAUAGUAACAUCCAACAACAACAAUACAGGAUCUUCAAUGAGGACUUAUCAUACUGUUGCCUGACCACUUUGAUUCCAUAGAUAAGUGGAUGACUGACUAAUUGUAGCGUCCUCUUUCAGCAGUUGUAGCUAUCCUCGUUAAGACACUAGUUGUGCAAACAGACAGCUUUAACCUGUUUUUCAGUAUUUUUGACAGGAAUGCUAAUAUCCAUUCCAAUCCUGGACUAGGUCAACUGAUUUCCACAUCUUGGACUAUUUAUAGAAGUAUAUAUGAAGGUAUGGGCUUGUUUUUUAUUUUGUCAGGCACUCAUACAGCAUUUUAGCUAGCACACUCCCCAAAAGCUUGCAUCACUUGGGGGUUGAAUGAAUUUAGUUUAUAUCAGCAAGUAUCAGAAGUUGCCAUUGUUUUUGCUGGCAUGUUGGUUUGACCAACUCCCCACAUGGCUCACACUCAUAUGACAGCCUUUUGUCAGCAGUUCCAUUGCAUUAUGAUUUUUAAGAUUUCACAUCUGACAUUUAUGCAAUGAUCAGGCAAAGGGUGUUUUUGGAGAAAGGAGUGUAGAUUUUUGUGUGGAAGCAGUCAGUAUAGAUUUCUUUCCAAAGGUGAACUUGCUACCCAAGUAUGGUGGAUGUUUUUUCACUUGUCUGACCUUCAAAGUCUUCACCAGUUGAAUGAUGUCAAAGUUCAUUAGAAAUUUCACCAAGACAUGCAGCCAUAUCCUAGAAGUCACAUUCCAAGUAACAUCCCCUUCCAUACGCCUUUUAUUUCAAGGUUUAUGGGAGAGACUUAAUUGGAAGCGUCUCACCACCACAGCCACAACUCCCUACCUUUUCCAGAUUAUGAUUAAGGCUUGUAGAACAUCACAGACAACAAAUACCAGGAACACCAUUUUUAAGGUAACACAAAAGAUACGUAAUGUUAGCUAACUGUUAAAAUUGUUGAAAAUGAGAAAGUUAUGCGAGAAAAACAAUAGGAGGAAUAUUAGUCUGUUUUUUGUUCCUAUGCAUUUUCAUUUGAUUACUUUUUCGUUUUGCUUGGAUGUAAGAUGUAUGACCCAUUGCUUCAGCAGCAAUGGAAACUUCCUAAUAUGUAAACAAAAACAACUUAGCACAAAAUCUGAGGAAUUACUGUAUCAUUGUUAAAACUAGUUAUGAAAACAGUAAUGUAUAUUAAUGCUUCCAAAGUUAAUAGACAAAUAAAUUGAAAAAAUUUCCAUAAAGGUUAAUGUAAUUUUGCUGUCAAAACUAACGCAGGAGGUUUUGUGUAAGCAUAAAGAAAUGUAAUAUGUAAUGUGAUGUGUUUAAGUCUCAAGUCAAAUUUCAUUAACACUUGCAAAAUAUGUGAUGUCUGUAAAAUCUGAUCUGCAUUUAAUCAUUAUCCACAAAAUUUGUUGUUGUGUCUGAAAUUCAGUCUCAAUUUAUUGUCAGAGAACUUUAGGAAAUAAAUGAUAAUUUUUGGGACAUUUAAAUUUAUGUAAGCUGUGACAGUUCGUUGGCUAAAGAUUAAAUAUAAUAGUGUGAAAGCUGGAUAAUUCAUUUUGUUUUAUUCACGUGCAUUUAUGUAAUAGCUAAUAUUAUGCCUGUAGUAUUCCACUGCUUGCUGCACCUCCCUGAAAGAAUUCACAAAACAUACUGAUAUUAUAUGCACAUUAUAGUAUUAAAAGAUGUCGCUGGGUAUUUGGAAAAUAAAAUUUAUAUUUGUUGGAUACAAUUGCUUGUGCUGUUAGGUCUACACAUGUACUGUUACAAUGUAAGCUUAAAGUGAUAUGAUUAUGCUUCAAAGAUUAUCCUAAUUAUGACUACUUGUAAAAGUAAUAAUUAGCUUAAGUUUUAACUCCAGCAUCUGGUAUGUAUGAAUAGAGGGGAUAUGCCAAGAGUAGUGAAGUGUAUUUUUCUAUAAUUUUGAAUAUCAUAUGAAAUUCUGUGAUGUCAAUAUUUCUGUUUAUAUUUUUUAUAUAUUUUUUUUCUAGAUCUCGUACCUGUUCUCAGUAAUUUGGAGACAUUCAAUGUCCAUUAACCCUUUCUUUUUGGAGUCUCGAGAUCUGAAUUUCAAAAGUAAAAAAGCUCUCUGUGACACUUGUACGUCUUGUACAAUAUAUAGGACAAAUUAUUUCAUAAAUUUAGUUUUGCAUCAA